CAGCCUUAUCAAACUUAAUUUUUUAUUUUAUUAGAAUAACGGGAACCUCUUGGGAGAAUCUCUGAUACGAUAUUUCUUCAGAGAGUGAAUCGCUCCUCCAUGUGAGUCGAGCUCAAAACUCUCUCUCCCUUCGUUCUCUAGUUAGUGAGAGAAAACCCUAAUUGUUGUCGGAGCUUUGGGGUUUCUAAUGAGGGUUCAAUGAAGGCUUGGAGCUCUCUCGUUGUCUUGAUACCUGUUUCUGUAGGGAUACGAGUGGAUCUAGGGUUCGUUUUGACCUGAAGAUUGUUAUUUCGGGGAAUAUAAUUCGUUAAUGGCGGAUCAGAAGAUAGUGUCGGGCUGGAUUUUUAUAGGAUUUUUCUGUGGCCUUUUUGGAGUUCUUUAUGCCAGUGCAGGCGAUGCUGAUCCCCUUUACAGGACAUGUGUAAAACAAUGUGAAAAGAGUGGCUGCAUUGGAGAGAGUUGUUUCAAACAGUGCUCUUUUUCAUCCGAUGGCACCUCAGCUGGUAGUCCUUGGUACAUGCAAGAACCCCUUUACCUUCGUUGGAAGCAAUUGAAUUGCCGAAGUGACUGUCGUUACCAUUGCAUGCUGGAAAGGGAGAAAGAGAGGGAAAAACUUGGACAUGGACCUGUCAAAUAUCAUGGCAAAUGGCCUUUCAAGCGUGUUUUCAUUUUUCAGGAGCCUGUUUCAGUGGUGUUCUCUGCCUUUAAUCUUGCGAUGCAGUUUUAUGGAUGGCUAUCAUUUAUGAUACUUGUAUAUUACAAGCUUCCUUUGAGACCCCAGAAUAGGAAGACUUACUAUGAGUUCACUGUGUUGUGGACCAUGUAUGGAGUCUUCUCGAUGAAUUCCUGGUUUUGGAGUGCUGUCUUCCACAGUAGAGAUGUUGAUUUGACAGAAAAGCUGGAUUACUCAUCGGCUGUGGCUUUGGUGGGCUACGCGCUGAUUGUUGCAAUUAUUCGCACCUUCAAUGUGAGGGAUGAGGCUGUCAAAGUUAUCAUUGCUGCUCCUCUUGCAGCAUUCGUGACGACCCAUAUCUUGUAUCUCAACCUAUAUCAGUUUGACUAUGGCUUGAACAUGAAAGUGUGUGUUACUAUGGGGGUCGCUCAGCUGCUCCUAUGGGCUGUCUGGGCAGGUGUGACCAAGCACCCAUCACGCUUCAAACUAUGGGCUGUUGUCUUGUUCGGAGGGCUCGCUAUGCUUCUUGAGAUCUAUGACUUCCCUCCGUUUUGGGGAUAUGUGGAUGCCCAUGCUCUUUGGCAUGCGACCACCAUUCCUCUCACGUAUCUGUGGUGGAGCUUCAUCAAAGAUGAUGCUAAAUUCUCAACUUUUAGUAGGCAAGGUGAGGCAAAUGAUGGCAUGAAGGUAGACUAGAUCACCUAAUGCCUUAUUUCCAAGGUAUUGCAAACUCUAGAUUUGGCUCAAAUUUUUCUUCUCAUCUUAGUGGUAUUGUUCAAAUUCUUUUGGGUUUUGGGCCUGGCUUUAAUUGAUGUCCCAAUGUUGUAGGAACUUUCUUUUUGAAGGUCUUUUAUGCUCUGAAGUUUUCAAAGAGUCUUGUUGGGCUAAAUGCAUUUGUGCAGUUUGUGUACACUAUAAUUCUAUGGAAGAGUAGCAUUUGCUUUCUCUACUGUGUUUCUGAAUGAAUGAAAAGUGAAGACAGAAAAAACUUCAAUAAUUGAAGGAAAA